GCUGGGCAGCAGGCAGAGGCACGUCAGGCGGGACUGCAGGCAGAGGCACGUGAGGCUGGGCAGCCGGCAGAGGCGCAGCAGGCAGAGGCACGGCAGGCUGGGCAGCAGGCAGAGGCACGGCAGGCUUGGCAGCAGGCAAGGCAGUGGGCACCGGGCCUUCAGGCGGAGCAGCGGGCACCGGGCCAUCAGGCGGAGCAGCAGGCAAUGCAGUGGGUACCGGGCCAUCAGGUGGAGCAGCGGGCACCGGGAUAUCAGGCAGAACAGCGGGCACCGAGUCAUCUGGCUCGACAGCGGGCACCGAGUCAUCUGGCUCGACAGCGGGCACCGAGUCAUCUGGCUCGACAGCGGGCACCGAGUCAUCUGGCUCGACAGCGGGCACCGAGUCAUCUGGCUCGACAGCGGGCACCGAGUCACUGGCAGGACAGCGGGCACCGAGUCAUCUGGCAGGACAGCGGGUACCGA